UUAUCAUCUGUUCCUGUUUGGCAACUGCUGAGUAAUCUCUUUUGACCUUUGCCAUCAUCUACAAAGGUCGCACACCUUCAGGUUUUGCUUAAAGAGGUCCCGUACAGUCAGCCGCUGCCUUCUGUGCGCAGCGUACGCUGUCCUGCGUGAGAGCCAGUCUGAGGGAAUGUGAGGGGGAGAGCCAGUUCGAGUUAAGACCAACCCACAGAGCAUGUUUCAACUAAAGGGCUUCACUCCCUCUGCCUCGUCAGUUUGACUGCGACUGACUUGCCGCUCGUAUUUGGAUUCUCUUGAGUGAGACUCGCAGAUGAACGUCAGGAUAAGCCGAACGGCGCAUCGCUUCCCAGUAAUUGAACCCCACAACCAGCCAGAGCUCAAGAGCACCAUCUUCUGGCGAGAAAGAAAACACCUGUCAGGAUUCUGCUAAACUGGCCUGCAUCGUCUUCAUCAAAUCUCCCCACUGGCUGACGGAACUCCAGUUGUCUCCGCUGAUUUGAUCCAUGCUUUCCUGCUCCUGCCGUCACCCGUACGUCGAUAAAAUGACUUCAUAAAUAUACUCGCAGGCAGAGUAAGGUGAAAAGCAACCUCCAGCAUGGGUGCUUCGUGUUCGGACCCUGCGGGGACUGCCCCCUCCGCAACAAUGACCUCCAACUCCUCGUCUUCCUCCUCUGCCGGCUGCUUUGACUUUUUCUGGGAUUAUACCGAUAAAUCUGUUAUUAAGAACCAUUACACCUACGCAGACAAGAUCAGCAAUCGUGACGGUCUGAAACCUGAGAACAUUGCUCUGCUGGUGGUGUGCCUUCUCAUCAUCCUGGAGAACGCUCUGGUGCUCAUUGCCAUUUGGAAGAACAAGAAGUUCCACAUACCCAUGUAUUACCUGCUGGGAAACUUGACUCUGUCAGAUUUGCUGGCUGGCGUCACCUACAUGGUCAACAUCUUGAUGUCAGGAAGUAAUACUCUGCGUCUGACACCGUUGCUGUGGUUCCUCCGGGAAGGUGGCGUCUUCAUCACUCUGGCUGCCUCUGUCAUUAGCCUGCUGGCCAUCGCCAUCGAACGCCACGUCACUAUGGUAACGAUGCGUCCAUACCACGGGGCAAAGCGGGGACGGAUGAUGGCGCUGAUCGGUGGAAGUUGGGCCCUGUCAGCGUUUCUGGGGAUUCUCCCCAUUCUGGGGUGGAACUGUCUACGCAGAUUGGAACAAUGUUCCACGGUGCUCCCGCUUUAUGCCAAAAGCUACAUUAUCUUUAGCGUGUCCGUGUUCAGCGCCGUGCUCCUGUCCAUCGUGAUCCUCUAUGCGCGCGUUUACCGCAUCGUCCGCACCAACACGAAGCGACAGCAGGUGAGCCUGAAGGGCAGCCUGAGGAAAAGCCUCGUCCGGGUGACGCAGAAGUACGUCGCACUCCUCAAGACCGUCACCAUCGUGGUGGGAGUCUUCAUCGCCUGUUGGCUGCCCCUCUUCGUCCUCCUCCUCUUGGACUUCUUCUACCCCACGGGCCAAUGCAAACUGCUCAAGAAGGCGGACUACUUCUUGGGAGUGGCCAUCCUCAAUUCGCUCCUCAACCCGAUCAUCUAUACUCUGACCAGCAAGGACAUGAGGAAGGCCAUUCUGAGGCUCCUCUGUCAGUCGUGUCUGAUGACCACAGAUGGACAGGUGAAGAAGAUCGGGAUGCCGUUCAUAGAGUGCAGUUUCAGUAAAACCGAGGUGCCCUCUCAAAAACUGGAGCAUGGACUGGACACAACCAUGUCAUCGGGGAACGCAAUCACCUCUCCGUCCACAAAGAAAGUUCUUUACCCUGAACUGUUCAAGUCAUAAAAAAAAAAAAAAAAAAUCGGACUCUUUGAUGCAGUGUCCAAAUGACUGUGAAAGGGUUCCUCGCUGCACAACGGAAAUCUUCUGAUGAAAGAAAGAUAGACAGCUGUG